GCUAUUAAUUCUAAAUCCGUCAAAGCUAAUCCUUGUGAUAUAGAUCCUUUGGAAAGAGACCAUUUCUAGCCUCAAGGGAUUUAUAGAAGAAGGUCAGGAAAUAGAACCAAUAGGAGAUGAAGACCUUAAAGGUUCAUCUUAGAAGGGGAGAUGAAGGAAGGAGGAUGACAAGAACCUGUUCUUCACUUAUAGAGCAAUUUUAUGGCAUUCAAUGAUGAACUUGAAAGAUGUCAUCUUGACUCCAUCGAGUAAAAACAAAGUUCAUAAGAAACUAAUCCUUGAAGUUGCCAAAAAGGCAAAUUGAAAAGGAAAGAUAUCGAUGCUUGUGAGAAGGCUUCAAAAAAUACUUAACAAUAACAAUAAUUUCUGUACGCAAGAAGCAAGACCUGAGCAGAAUGUAUAAAAAGCAAGUCAAAAAAGGACACAUAAAUUGGGAGUCAAUGCUGCACGAGAUUCCUGGAAAGACCUUGAUAUACAUGCAGGAUUCUGAAAAAAUAUUAAAGUAAAGAUCCACCCAGACUUUCAGGCAAUAAAAUCAGAAGAUUUUAAAUUCAACAUUGCCUUCUAUGAAAGUGCUACUAAAAGAGCUUUCAAAAGAGUUAAAGAGAAAGAUGAGGUAGAGAAAGAAGAGAGGGAUGUUAUUCCCUAACCCUUUCUCCUAGAGCUUUGAAGUCUCUCAAAAAUACAGAGGGAAGAUUUCAAUUAUCAAUUUGUAUUAAGCCAA